UUCCCUGUGGGUUGUUUUGUGGGCGGUGUUUUUGAAUAUAUGCUAAUUCAGCUUUCCUGACAGGGAGACUUGCUGGGCCAGGCUACUCCGCUCUCCUGACAGCAAACAGCGGUGAGAGGCAGCAGGGGGUCAGGGCACGCGCUGCUUUCCUCACAGGAGCCCUCACUGGCCGCCUUUGUCACCGACAUGUACCUAUGACCAUGGAGAUGAAGGACUCGGGCAGCGUGGUCCUGACAGCCUACCAUCCGCACAGCCCCGCCAGGAUCCCGGGUAUGGAGCAGAGCUUCGUGCAGGACAUCCCCUCUAGCCGCUCGCCUGGCAGCAGAAAAUCUCUUCCUCGCUGCCGAAGAAUUAACAGGAUGCUUUCCAAUGAGUCAAUGCCAACAAGUCCUCCAGUAUUCACUCGUUCCAACUCUCAGGCCUCUGUGGACAGCACCUCCAUGGAGGACUUCUGGUGCGAAGUGGAGAGCAUCAAGGAGAGCAGUGAAGAUGGGCCUGAAGAAGCAACACUCUUGGAGUUCAAGCCUGCUGAUGAAGGGGAACUGGAGGCCGAGUGGCUGCAGGAUGUAGGCUUAUCUACCCUGAUCUCAGGAGCUGAGGAGGAGGAUGGCCAAGCCCUGCUGUCCACUCUGACCCGAACACAAGCUGCUGCCGUACAGAAGAGGUACAACACAUACACUCAGACCCUGAGGAAGAAGAACAAGCAUACGGUCCGGGAUGUGCGAGACAUCUUUGGCACCAAUGACUCUUCUCCCACAUUUGAGACAGUUCCAGUGUCACCAGUUCCUUCUAAUGGUAUCCAGCUUCCUGGGCAGAAGCCAGUUUGGAAAUCAGUUAGCUCUAAUAGCUGUCUAGACUGUGGACUAGAUAAAGGCAGUUCGUCUAUAACAGAAGAGCUCUCCUAUGAGGUCUCUUUCUCAGAAUCCAUUACAGUCCUUCCAAAAACCCGAGAGUGGACAAAGAGCCAGAGGUUCAAAAAGGAAGACUCUGUUUUGCCAAAAUUCAUUGUUCGGAAAAGCCGAUUUGGACUAACAGAGGUUGGAGAUCUCUCUCCUGAAGACAUGAAGAAGAUCCGCUACCUCUCCCUGAUUGAGCUAACAGCCUUCUAUGAUGCCCUGGGUGUGGAGCUGAAGAGGAACCGUGCGGAGAGGGUGCGGAGACGAGAAAAUGGUCUUUUUGGAGUCCCCCUCACAGUGCUGCUGGAGAAUGAUCAAAAGAAGGUUCCUGGUAUAAAAGUUCCUCUCAUCUUCCAAAAAUUGCUGCUCAAGCUUGAGGAAACUGGUUUAGAAACUGAAGGAAUUCUUCGAGUGCCUGGAUCUGCCUCCAGGGUUAAGAAUCUCCAUCAAGAACUUGAGACAAAAUUUUAUGAAGACACAUUUGACUGGGAUCAAGUACGAAACAAUGAUGCAGCAGGACUGCUUAAAAUGUUUAUAAGAGAACUCCCAAGUCCACUAUUCACAGUGGAAUAUCUCCCUGCUUUCAUCACCUUAGUGGAAAAAAUCCCCAAGAUCAAGUUACAGCUUCAAGCUUUGCAUCUGUUGAUCAUGCUUCUGCCUGAAGCCAACAGGGACACAGCUAAGGCUUUCCUUCAGUUCCUGAAGAAGGUGGUUGCUAAUGAAGGAAAAAAUAAAAUGAAUCUGUGGAAUGUUUCUAUGAUUGUUGCACCAAACCUCUUCAUCUACAAAGGGAAACGUGCAAACCAACAAGAAAUGCAAGCAGCUGCCACCACUGCACACAUUGUGCGGCUUUUAAUUCGGUACCAGGAUAUCCUGUGGACAGUUCCAUCCUUCCUGAUUUCCCAGGUGAGGAAAAUGAAUGAGGCAGCAAUAAACAACAGCAAGAGGCAGCUGAUGUUUGACAAAGGAGUGAGAAAACUUCUAAGGAGAAAGACCAUGGAGAGAGAGAGACCUGAAAGACCAGAGGGUGCUGUCACUUUUCCUCCAUACCUGCAGUCUGACAUACCUGAGGGGGUGAUAAGAGUUUAUGCACCACUGCAUUCAAAAGUCUCUAUGGCAAUUCAACUCAACAGCCAAACAAAAGCCAAAGACAUCCUGGCUCGAUUCCACUGUGAAAACAGCCGUGGAUUGUCACAGAAUGUGAGAAGCCAAAUCCAAAGUUUACAUGAAGUUGGAGGAAAUAUAGGUCAGCACUGUUUGGAUCCAGAUGCAUACAUUUUAGAUGUUUACCGUGCAAAUCCUCAGGCAGAAUGGGUGAUAAAACCAAAAGCAAGCUGAAGCACAAGGCU